GGCACCAAGCUGUACAUGCCCAUGCGCCUUCUCACGGUGGCGCAAAGAGAAGAGCUGGCGGUCACACACGGCCAGUGACGACCUGGAGUCCCUCUUCUAUAUUUUCGUCGAAUUUUCUACCACGUUCGACGGGACGAGAGGCAAAAUGAUUAAACCGAAUACGCCUAUUUGGGUUGAGGCCUAUGAGAUAUCGGGCAACAGGCCCAAUGAAGUGAAGGCGGGGUUGGUACUCCCGCCCGCGAAUAACCGGAUAUUGAUAAACAAAGUGACACCGUUCUUCGAGAUCUUCAAGCCAGUCAUUCAGGAGUGGCGCUGUGGAAUUCUCAAGGCAGCGGAGAACGCCAACGAGACUACUUAUAACUUCGGCGCCAUUAGUCACGAGGAGGUCGAGAGUAUCCUCAAUAGAUGGGUCUCAAAAUUCUCGAAGUUGAAGAACUCCCCCUUGUUCCGCUGCAUCCGGCGGCGUCAUCAUCGACAUCAAGCCAAGCUGGUGUCCGACUGGGCUUCAGCUAAACUUAAAGGGCACUUGCCCCAGUCGUUCGACACACUUGGACAGCGUGGCCGUGCAUGCUUCGUCCAUGCAAAUAGACUUACUCUCUCGCAAGGAUUGUUAGAUUUUAUUUGGACCGACAUCCCGGGGUGCGGCUAUCGCAAACGAGAUUUACGAUACUGA